CAGACGCAGGGCUUGUGUGCUCGGCUCAGUCUUGUCAGCAACGUCCGCACAGCAAAACACAACCUGCAUUUGUUUUUUUUUUGUUUUUGGUUUUUUUUUUAUACCGCGGACACUUUGCUUUUUUCCUGCACGAUCAAGCGUUGCGUGUGUGCGUGUUUUCGGCAGGAGGAGGAGAGCCACCACCUCGAACACCAGGCGGACGUGAUAUGAACCCUUUAUCGGCUUGAAGUGUGCACUGCAAAGGGCGACAACCACAGCGAAGGCUGCAGGAUCUACAAGGACAAAGACACACAGACGGAGGUAGAGAGACAGACAGACAGACAGACAGACAGACAGACAGCUGCAGCCAUGCCCGGGUUCGACUACAAGUUCCUGGAGAAACCCAAGAGACGCUUCCAGUGUCCGCUGUGCAGCAAGGCGAUGCGGGAGCCGGUCCAAGUGUCGACCUGUGGACAUCGCUUCUGUGACACCUGCCUGCAAGAAUUCCUAAGUGAGGGCGUCUUCAAGUGUCCAGAAGACCAGCUGCCUUUGGAUUAUGCAAAGAUCUACCCGGACCCUGAGCUGGAGCAGCAGAUCCUGGCGCUCCCGAUCCGCUGCAUCCACAGCGAAGAGGGCUGCCGCUGGACUGGACAGAUGAAGCAGCUGCAAGGUCACUUCUCCACCUGCGCCUUCAACGUCAUCCCCUGCCCCAACCGCUGCUCCGUCAAGUUGACGCGCCGCGACCUGCCCGACCACCUGCAGCACGACUGCCCCAAGCGCAAAGUCAAGUGCGAGUUCUGCGGCAGCGAGUUCACGGGCGAGGCCUACGAGAACCACCAGGGUGUGUGUCCCCAGGAGAGUGUGUACUGCGAGAACAAAUGCGGGGCGCGGAUGAUGCGUCGUCUGCUGUCCCAGCACAGCAUGGCGGAGUGUCCCAAACGAACGCAGCCAUGCAAGUACUGUGGAAAGGAGUUUGUCUUCGACACCAUCCAGAAUCACCAGUACCACUGCCCCCGGUUCCCUGUCCAGUGCCCAAACCAGUGCGGCACUCCCAACAUUGCCCGAGAAGACCUGGCCAACCACGUGAAGGACAACUGUGGCAGUGCGCUGGUUCUCUGUCCCUUCAAAGAUGCUGGCUGCAAACACAGAUGCCCCAAACUGGCCAUCGGGCGUCACCUGGAGGACACCACAAAGUCUCACCUGACCAUGAUGUGCAACCUGGUGGGGCGCCAGCGGCAGGAGAUCUUGGAGCUUCGGCGGGAGAUGGAGGAGCUCUCCGUCAGCCACGACGGCGUCCUCAUCUGGAAGCUCAACGACUACUCACGCAAGCUCCAAGAAGCCAAGCUGCGGAGCAACCACGAGUUCUUCAGCCCGCCCUUCUACACGCACCGCUACGGAUACAAGCUGCAGGUGUCGGCCUUCCUGAACGGCAACGGCAGCGGCGAGGGCUCCCACCUGUCCGUCUACAUCCGCGUGCUGCCCGGGGAGUACGACAACCUGCUGGAGUGGCCCUUCUCCUACAAGGUGACUUUCUCCAUCCUGGACCAGAGCGACCCGUCGCUGUCCAAACCGCAGCAUAUCACCGAGACCUUCAACCCUGACCCCAACUGGAAGAACUUCCAGAAGCCCUGCAGCACCCGCAACUCGCUGGACGAGAGCACCCUGGGCUUCGGCUACCCCAAGUUCAUCUCCCAUGAGGAGAUCAAGAAGAGGAACUACAUCCGUGACAACUGCAUUUUCAUCAAGGCUUCCAUAGAGAUUCCCCAGAAGAUCAUGGCUUGAGAUGUUCACGAAGAAGAACUGACUCUUAAUCUGGAACACUUCGACAACCCUUUAGAUACUUCCUACCUGAGUGUCUCAUGAGACCUCCAUGUAUGACAGAGGAGAACACGUCUGGUCUGCAGAGCUGUUCCUCCAAACCCUCACGCAGUCUGCAAGAAAACGCCUUGGAAAUCAAACAGUGCCUCGAGUUUAAAGUCGUAUUUUUGUUGUUUUGGUUUGUGAUCUGCACGCACGUGCAGGGAAAGAUGGUAUGGACCAGGGAGGUCCAGCACUUGGAGAAACCUUGCAUGGAACUAAGAAGGGUGGGCAGCAGAUCUGGAGCCCAACUGCCUCGUGUUUACACACGCUUAUCCCGCCAGACUGAACACACUUGCAGGCGCAGCUUGAUCCACUUUUCACCCGUUUAUGCAAAACAAAAUAACGUGCGGACUUUAAGAGAUCUGCUCACCAGGACCUGUUUCAAGGUAGCUGGACCGUCUCCAAACUCAUCCCCGUCUUGUCCCUAUGAGGGUCUGCGUCUGUUGUGGUUCCACCGUUGGUCUUCAGGGUUGUUCGGCGGUUUCUUUCCCCGCACGUGAACACGGUAGUUGAAGACCUCAGCUCCAAAGAACUGUGGUUGGGGGGACGAAGCGAUUCCGAACAAACCGGGGAGGACAGACCAACAAGUGAUCUCUCGUUGGUUUCUCUGGUUGUUGCGGUUCUUUUGAAACCGAGACCGCCUCUUGUCUCGGUCCGGUUCCAAAUGAGCGCUGGCGAACGAUUCAACCUCGAAUCCCUCCAACCAGCAAACGAACAAGUCCGGCAAGACCACUGCCUUACCCGCGCUUAGCGGUUAGCAUGCGGUCUUCUGAAGAAGUGGAACGAGCUCUAUUAUCCAUACGAUCACGUUUUCCACUACCGUAGCUCCUAGUGCGCACCCCCAUAACCUCCUUCUUGUUUACAUUCUUGCGACCGAUCAGAGAAGAGCGCAACCUCGCCCGUUCUAUCGCGAUGCGUCGGCGUUUCACCGCGUCCAAAGGAACCGAAGCGGGGCGGCACGGAUCAAGUAGGCAAAGUGCGACCCGUUGGAUGAAACCUGCAUUUCAUAAAAGUGAAGGAAAAGCCAUGUGGCCUUUUUAUACAUCUGAUCUUGCAUGAGACUUGGAGUGGGGGGGGGCAAACACACGCAUGCUUCAUGUGCUAACAUGUGGACCACAUUUUGUACUGUAAUCUAUUCUCUUAAACCCCCCACUCCCGUCCCCACCCUUCCUUGACGACUACUUUAUCCACCCCCCCUUUUUUGGAGAGUUUUAGGAAUAGUUUUUUAUUUUAGUUUUACACACAAUGUGAACGCUAAUGUGGCUCCUCAUAGCUGUUACGUAAGACGACGUGUUGACCGUGUGUUGUUCCCCAGACGGAUCCGGGGCUCCCGCCCGUCUCCAUCACAGCGCCCCCUAAUGGGUGGAGGACUGGUAUGUACAUGACACUCACUGUGGGUGCGAAUACUAAUGUAAAAACAACGCAGAAGCACAUUCUGUCCUUUUCUUACUUCAUAGAAAACUCCCUGAU